CAGGGGGCUGGCUCGCUCUGCUGCUGGGCUAGAGGUGGGAGGCGAGAGGGGAGGGGAAGGGAGGGAGGAGAGACAGGGCUGGCUGGCUGGCUGGCUGGCGAUGAUGCCUCGUGAGUAGGAGGAGGAGGAGGCCGGGGAGGCCAGUUUUUGGGGUAGUGGGGGUGUUUGUGUGGCCUUUUGACGGCUUUCUUGCUCUUUCGUCCGUGGUUGCGUGCGUUCAUUUCUUCACCUCGCCCGGAUGACGGACAUGAAAACGCCGCUCAGGCCUGCUGCUUGUUCGUCUCCCUUCUCUUCUUGUUGUUGUGGGAACUGUAGGGGUACGGGCUGAUCUCAGGGGGAGCGAUGUUGUUGUUGUUGUUGUUGUUAGAGUAGGAGCCACGGCAGGUUUGGUGCUGCAAGGAAGCCAGGCACGGACGCGCUGGAGCGAGGCCAAGAGCGAGCCCGGCCGUGAGGGCGGAGGAAGGGAGCCGCGCGUUGUUGUUGGGCGAUGGGACGGCCCGCGGCCGAGGCCUCGGCGGAGAGCUGUUGUUGAUGCUGGUGCAUGGCAGGUUUUGAAAAAAUUGGGUAGGCGGGCGUCGGAUGCAACGCCAAGUAUGCGGGAAUUGCAUGGAGGGGAAGAGUGCACCGCCAGUUAUGAUCCCGAUGUCACGGUCUUCUCGCGACUAUCGGGCAUCCAAAAAUCCCAAGGUUAGUUCCGAAGACACAUCCUCUGCCUCCGCUGCCUCCAAGAAAUCGCAGAUCCGUGCUUCUGGUAGUCCCACUCGUUCUACUCCGGCGACCAAGAAACCCAAGACUGGAGGCUUAAUACUUGUGGGCCAGAAUCGUUUGGCGCUGGCAAUCGAAACGAGUUGUGGUCGCAGCGGCAGUGCGACCCAACCUCUUCGACCUGCAUCAUCGAGGUCCAAGCGCGCGGCGGACGCCAACGGGGACGUUACUUUGGAAACUCUUCGACUUUCAAAGAAGUCGAAGAUCGGCAUUUCUUUGGCCAACGGCGAGGCCAGCGCUGACGAUAACGAGGCUCUGAUUCGUAAGAACUCCAAGUCUGAGGGCUUGCGAAGGAAGCAAGCGACAGGUACUGCAUCCCAAUCUAAGACUUCCGAGGCCACUGCAUCUGACAAUGCGUUGAAUGCAUUGAAAUUAUCCGAGAGUGGUGCCGGUAGUGCAGGCAGUACCAGCCACUCCGAGGACACAAACACCGUAGGAGGAUCUGUUUUUCAGAUCAGCGAAGGAGCAGUAAAUGCUGCAGGUUCCUCUGAACCUCCGGAACUCACAGAACAGAGGUCUCUUCGACCGAGGCCAAAACCACCUGUCGUAAAAAAGGUUGUCAAGCGCACGCGCUUUCACGAAGUAAGUCUGGGUGAUUCGGAUGGACCGCACAUCGUGGGUCGAAGAAUCAAGGUGUUUUGGCCACUGGAUAAAAAGUGGUAUUACGGUUCAGUGAAAGCGUACAACAGCGCGAAGAAGCAGCACAAGAUUAUUUACGACGACCAUGACGAGGAGUGGCUUAAGUUGCAGAAGGAAUCUUUCAGACUAGAGGUUUUAUCUGGAGAUGCUUUUGGGUAUGCCGCGCCGUCCUCGGACCUAGCAGCAGAGUUAGUCGACUCGGUGUCCAUUGCUGAGUGUGACGAGAGCAAUAAGCACCGUGGUGAUGCUGUUGACGGGAGCACCAGCGCAUCUGAUGACAAGCCGGCGGCGGAAAGAACAGGAGUUCGCAGGAGCAAGGUGGGGAGGGAGCGAGAGAGCGAGAAAAGGCGGAAGGUCAGUGAGGGAGUCAGCGAGGAGGGGAAGAAAUUGGACGGACCAGGACCAAGUGAGCACAGGAAGAAGGCAGGUAGAGUUAAUGAGCAGAAGAAGAAAUUGGAAGGUGAUAGAGAACCAAAGAAGAAACCCGAAGGAAGCGCAGAGCGCGGGAAGAAAACGGAUUCUGCGAAAGGUCUCGAGAGGAAGCGGGGAGAUGCGAAACAGAGGGCAACGAAGGGUGAAAAACUUGGUCGCGGGAAUGCCAAGCGGGCUGUUUUGGAAGUUUACGAGCGCAGGAAGAAGAGGGCUCAAAGUGUGGGCACCAGCGGACCGGGUGACCGCAAAGGGAAAGGUAUAGCGGCGGAUGGAUUAAAUGAUCGCAGGAAGAGAGCCGGCAAGGAGAGUAGUCGUAAGGGUAGUGUCUCACAGACCCGCACGAGACAUUCAGCUACGGAAUCCACAGACGGCAAGAAAGUUUCAAGAAGAGGCAUUCGUGACAACGAUCGGCUUUUCGCAAGCAUUAAGUCUAGCGCUGUCAUAAGGCGGAAGGUCGCCGAGAGCAAGCGGUCUAAAGAUCAAAAGCCUGUGGGAAGUCCUUCCGUUCAGGUGAAAUCUAGUUCUGUAGAGGAUCAUGAGGCCCCUGAGGACGAAGAGAAGGUGUUUCCUCGCCCUCAAGCCGCCGAAGCAGGGCUGGAGCUACUGACCCUUCGUCGCGAGGAAAGAAUUGCCCGCGCCGCGAACGCAAUUGAUCCUCUAUCGCCUGUACAGAAUAAAACCGAUCACGAGUGUGGUACUGUGGGGUCGCCUGUGACGUCGACGGUCGAUGUUACAAAUGAUGAGGAUGACACCACAUGUGAAGCCGAUUCACCCACUUCUGUUCACGACACUACUUCUGAUGACAAGGCUAAGAGCGAGGAAUGCACCUCGUGCGACGACGAAGCUCUUCCUUCUUCAGAUAGCGUGCCCAGCUCUCGAACUCUUGGUCUGGACGAGGCCACAGGAGCCAUGUGUGGGGACCAAAUGUCAGGAGAAAUGGUAGUCUGUCAGCGGAGUAUCAGUACUACUGAGCAUGUUGAUCUGGAUACGGAGAGUAGAAGUUUAGCAGCAGAGUGCGUCGAGCGGAGCCCGGAAGAGGCGGUCCACAUUGGGUGUGAUGCAGAUGCAGAGGAUUGUACGUUGCAAUCUAUGGAUCUGAGAUUCGAAUUUCCGCCCUCGACUGUAGAGGAGUCCAGCAACCAGGAGGUGCUAAGAUCUCCCUUAUCUCUUGCUACGAUGCCUUCAUCUGAUAUGAAACAUCCACCAGAUAAAGUAUACUACAGGGUUAGACCUAAGAGACUUAAGGUGUAUCGAAGAGAAACACAUCAGUCAAGUAAGGUCCAGAAGAAAGGAGUCGAACAAGAUGAGGGCCGUGUGGCCUGUGCUCCUGUCGUUGAACCUGUUGUCUCGCAGUUGUCAGCAGCCAGUUGUGUAAUCCCGGCUCUUCAUGUUAAUUUGGAUGGGCCAUUGUAUUUUGGAGUGGGGUUGGAGGGGCCGCGGUUUCUUAGUUCUUUGCGGAGUUCCGGGCUGGGAGAGUGGAGCAGGUUGAGGGAUGCCACACUGCAACUUGGCACGUACUUCGGGGCCCCGGGCGUUUUGUCACUUCUACGAGUGUCACGGAGGCCCCUGUCCUUGUUUCGUAUGACCCAUGGUCCUCUAGGGCAUACGAGUACCAAGAUGCAAGACUUGUCGGACCUUGUGAUUGCCCGCACACAAAAUUGUAAACAAACCGAGACUUUGGUGGGGUUCUCUUUGGGUGCAGUGGAAAACAAUUCAAAUUCGUGCAGUUCUGGUGCUUGUGUUGGGAUAUCCACCGACGACGCCGAUGCGUCUCACGGACUGCCGAUUACGCGUCCAUGCGGGGUUUCACGUAGGAUAGGCUGCCCUGGGCCUCUUCGGAGGAGGAGAUUGACCCAUUCGUACAAUCCGUACCUGAUCGAUCCGCGCAGAGACCACAAAUGUCUUUCCCUCGGCCGCCAAUCCGUCCAGGACCGGAGUGGGACUGCGCGUAGCUUCGAACGUUUGCUCUUCCCGGGUUCCAGACUUCCAACUUCGAGAGUCGAGCCUACCUUGGGCCUGGUGAUUUCCACUCCUGGCACACUUGUACAGUUUACUUCUCGAAUCAGUUCCCUUUCGAGAGUUCAAGCACCUUCUUGUCCGACAAUCCCCUCUGCGGACUGUUCGUCGCGAAUCAGUGGAGCACAGGUUGCUCCUCUCGUACAGCGAUGUAGUACCUCGCUCUUGCAGAGAGUGCAGAUUCGGUCUGCGCUUCUUGACUUGUUUCACGUGCGAAAGGGAUCCAUUUUUUAUGCGUUGCUCGAUGCAUCUUCCGAGGCAGUUUGUGGGCAAUUUCCUGUUGCCUCGGUUAUGGGAGAAUCAGCUCGGCAUGACCCACAAGGUUGGGGGUGCAGGGAGGUGGGCACUUACUACGGUCGGCGGAGUCUACAGUCUCUGCUGAGAUUAACAAUAGACGAUAUUUGCACCAGAUGUGGCUUCUCUGGUAUUUGGGGUUAUUGCGUGGGAAUGACGGCAAUCAUUCUCAUGGUACUCAAAGCCGUAUACGAGUCUUGCAAACAUUUCGGGUUCGGUGUACCUUACGUUUCGGGCGAGUGUUGCGAAGAUUUGGUUCGGUGCUUGAUCAGAAAACUACUCGCAGAUAGAGUAACCGCUGUACAUUUGACCCGCUUUUGGGGCACGAGGGUGGUAGCAGACCUCCGAGAGGUAGCAGACUUUUUCGACCAUGUUCCUGGGGAGAAUCUUGGGGAUAUUGUAUCGCGUUUGGGUUGCCACUUCUGCACUCGCUGGCCGUAUCACAUGGCUGAUAAACGGGGUGAUUGCACUGUGUUUGAUCGAUAUCCUGCGGGUCUCGCAAGUCAAGAUGGUUUCCCUGAUGACCGAGAUUGGGUUUCUUGUCUGGAUGAGGAGCUCAUCUGCCGCUGUAGGGUGGAAGGCGUUCUUGAGCAUUGUGAUUCUUCUCCGAUGUCGGUUUGGGGUUCUAUGCCUCUUGCUUCUACUCCCACAUUUGAUUUGCAUCCCCUAGAUGCAAGGUGGCGUGGAGGCUGGAUUCCUCAGUCUCUCGUUUCACCUGAGGAGAUGUCGAUGUGUGCAUUCACCUUGUCUGAGGCUCUCAGAAGACCAUCACCAUCACUUAUUUCAGCUGCUAACAUUAGACCCCAUUCACGGGAGGUACUCGCUAUAGAAGGGACUGCCUUACAAGUCGGGAGGGGUUUAAUCAUUGGAACAGUGCCAUCUGUAUUUGUGGUACUUGAUAAAGCUUCGUAUGCAGCCGCGGGGCCCGUCCUUUUAUCUACAUCCGCCACUAGAAUCCUUCCAGAGGUUUAUCCGAGAACGAUGAUGCGGAGAUGUACCGAUGUAGGAACCUAUUAUGGCCUACCUAGUAUUGAGUCUUUCCUUCGAAUCUCAGCAGAUUUUUGGAGGAGAGUCUUUCAGAAACAGGCUGCCUUUGAGGAAGUAAACACGGAUUGCGCUCUCGAUUCAGUACCCGUCGUUGAAGAAGCAAUGGGUGGUUUGUUUUCUCAGUGGCCUGAAGUGUCAAGUGUUGAUACUGUCGAUGAUGAAGACUUGUCUGAUACGGAGGAUAGAUUGCAGAUAAGCUCUGCUGCUGAAGGGCCAGGAGUUUGUGAGUCUUUCAAUGCCGAUAUAAGCAAGAAAGACGACAAUGGAGAAGACUUUGAUUCCAUGAAAGCUUCUUUAGAUUCACAAGCACAAUCUGCAGAGGGACGCAGAGCUGGGAAGGGACUGAAGCGCGGUUUUGUGGACGCCAGUCCAGCUACGAUCUGCGAUGGAGCAGAUGGCGAAUAUCCUUUAGGUGAUGAUGCACUUAGUGGGAGACCAUAUUCUAAACGGACCAGGGCUGAGAUAGAAAGUAGUGGUGCUGCAGUCAUAACAGACAGUGUAGAUACAUCAUCCCCUUCUGACGUGGAUGGGAACGGGUGUCCUGCCCCUUCAUCAGCGGCAGAGCCAAAAGCCGAUGAAUCUUCUCUCCCUAGAGUAAACGUUCUGAAACUUCGAAGGUGUCCCACAAAUAAAGGAUUGUGGCGUGUUGCAGGAAACUCCUGUGCAGCUCCUCAGGAUAGAAGUAUGUCAGGGCUUGCGUUUGAAGUGAGGGAUACUGGCGACGGCGCUGAGCCCAUGACCCCUGUUUUCGAGACGAGUAGAAAGCGUGCGCUCGAUCAAUGUUCAGAGUCCUCGCUGCCGGGGAGAAAUGAUCAGAGUGGGAAUUCAGUUUUGACUUCUACAUUUUCGAGCAAUUUGACAGUUUGUAGUCCAAGUUCUCUGGACCAGGACAUGAUUGGAGCAAACACAAACAAGGCCUUUUCAUUGAACUCCAAGUCAAAAGAGGUUUGGUAUGAUUGUGGGAUGACAUUCAUGAACGAAGUUGCCGCUGAGGGAUUGGAACCCAGGAAACGGCGGAGAAAGGGUCCGAGUCCUGUUCAUGGGGACGACGUUGAAGCAUUGUCAGAACAUUCACUCCGAAGAUCAACAGACUCGGGUUGGGUGCCUUGCAGCGCCAAUGUGCUGAUCACAAGGAGUGACAGGUGCUUACGGGAAACCGGCGCAAUCGUCGAACUCCAGUCUGGGCACGGCAAUAGCUGGAUUCUUUCUGUCUUCCUUCACGGCGAGAGCAAGUUCGCUUACAAAGCUGACCAGCCUGUUGCUACAGGUACAUCCAAUAAAUUUACACAUGCUAUGAUGUGGAGAGGUGGUAAAGAUUGGAGUCUGGAAUUUGUGGACAGAAAGCAAUGGCAGCUGUUUAAGGAUCUACACGAAGAGUGUUUUCAGAGAAGUGUCAGAGCGGCCACCGUGCGGCACAUUCCAAUACCUGGUGUUAAGCCAAUUCAGGAAUUGCCAAAGACAGGGGUCCGUUUUGUGCGUCCAUAUUCUAAGUACAUACACCAAUCUGAGGGCGAAGUGGAGGCAGCCUUGACCAGCUCACGAGUCAUUUACGAUAUGGACAGCGAGGACGAAGAAUGGCUAAAUCUGGUCAACACGGAGAAGGUCAGUUCCAGAGGUACCAGGUCAAGGCCUAGGAUUGAGGAGGAUACGCUGGAGAAGGUUAUGGACAAAUUAGAAAAAUUUUCUUUUGUUCGCCCACAGCAUGAACCCUUGUUGACAAGCGAAGUCGCUGCUGAGAUAUGCCAGACCCUGGGAUCUCAGGAAGCCAUAAGAGCGAUUCAUGGGCACUGGUACGACAAGAGGAAUCGGAAGGGCAUGGCCCUUGUUCGUCAUUUCCAGCCAGCACCGUGGGAACAAUAUCAGAGGCUGCUGGAGGAUUGGCAAAUGAAAGUCAACCAACUUCAAGAAGACUCUCCAACUGCAAACAAACAGCAACUGCAAUCGAUGUGCAAAAGACCGCCGCUGUUUGCUUUCUGCUUGCGACCUAGAGGGUUGGAGAAUCGCAACAAGAUGCAAAAGCAGCGGUCGCAACGGAAGCAGGGCUUAGGCGGGAGUUCUUCAAGGCAAUGGACGUUGGCAGGCCCAGCUAGUGAUUUCUUCCUAGACAGUCCUUCUAAGCGGCCUACCCACUUUGAGAGUUCAAGUGGACCUUUGUACGGAUCUAGAAAGUAUGGUCGGCAACGCAUAUCCGAGGACACCUACACAGAAUCAAUGGCUGUGGAUCUGUCAGAAUCUUUCAACGCCCUAGCUUCUGCCGAGGGUUUCAUUUCUUCCACGUUCUCAGAGCAGGUCAUGCCCAUUGGAGUGGGGGUCACUUUCUCUCACGCAGAGAGCAGUCCUGUAGCUCGAACGGAAAGGACAACCACUACUAGACCGCACAAGAAGAAGAAGGCUGGGAGGAAAGCCCGAAAGAUGAGGUUGCUUGCUUCAGCUGAAGAGUCAAAAAGGAAACGGCAAUUACGGGCACAGCAAGGACACGUGAAAGAGAGGUUUCUUGAUAUGGUUCAUAGUCCCCACUCCCUCUCUCAAUUUGUUCAGCCUUCUGUCGAUACACCUUCAACGUCGACCUUGUCAUUCCCUCAAACUGAUAGUGAGGAUGUAGAUCUGGAGGCUGUUGCCAUAGCGAAGGCAGCUGAGGCCAAGCGUGCAAGAGAGGAAGCAACAGCCAAAAGGCUUCGAGCGCAGGCUCUAUACGCGGUUGCAGAUGCUGCUAUGCACAAAGCAGUGGCGGCAGUGAUUGCUGCAGAUGCAAUUCACGCAUCUGAGAGAGCUAUGGAGAAAGCCGCUGCGAUGUCGGGCCAGGGCGUUGAGUUUCCUGAACAGACAGGAGAGGUUCCUGUGAAAGACGAGGGAAGCAGAACGCGCCUCCGCACUCCAGUUACUGAGGGAGGUACAUCAUUUGGCUCUUGGCGGCGAGCGUUGAAUAGUGCUUCGAGAAAUGCAAACCACGUGCUCUCUAAGGGGACCAGCAGCAAGCAAGGGUUGUUGCCGGAUACCGAUGAUCCGCUUUUGCCAGUUGCAAGUUGGAGCCAAGAGCUUGGGGCAGGACUUGGCACGAGGUUAUUGCAAACAGGGGAGGUAAGUCCUCAAAGACAAAGAUACUCUCCCGUUCUUGAAGGGCUCUCUAAAAGUCCAACACGGGGAGUAGUAAGCUUAGGUCGGACAAGAGGAGAGAGUAUGAUGGCCAUGUUGACUAGAUAGGCACUUUUGGUGACUUGUAAUGCUUUAAACAACAUUGUGUAAUAUGUGUUCUCAAUGGGUUUAGUACCCAUCAUUGCAUGUCAUUUUGCAGCACAACCGCUGUGUAGGUUGCAUCUCAUUGACAGGCAUGUACAGGAAGAUAGCAUGCUCUACCCUUUUCCCCUAUAGCUUGUGACUCAUUUGGGCAAAGGUUCAGCUCGAAAGUCUUCUCAUUGAAUGGGGGCUUGUGGAAGCAUGGAGCCAUUACCCACUCUGCUUGGUCCAUUUGUAGUAAAGCAUGACCGACUGUUUCACACGACUUGAGCUUCAGAUACUCUUCUUUUGCAUCAUAAAUUAGCAAGUGCCAUACGAUGUGCGAGUUUUGGUUUCUUGCUAGAAUUUUUUUGUGCAACUGUCAGAAAGAGUUUCGUUUAUUGUUGAAGCACGAACUGUGUGCUGUGGAAUUUGUCUUAUUCAAUCAUAAGAAUUGUGGUCUACGAGAACCAAUCAGGCACAUCAAUCACAUAACAGCUUUUCCAAAAUAGUUCCUGUGAGUGUUCCUAGAGUUACAUUUAAUUCUCCUCAGCGUUCUCAUCCAGGCUCAGUGU